AUUGGCUGUUCCCCCGGUCGCUCCGCUGAUGACGUUCUUCCUGGUUGAGCAGCUCCCUGUAGCCACACGUGUCCGGGCUGAGCUGGGGAAGAAGACAACAACAUUAAUUUAGCUUUCGGAUACCCGUCUGUGGUUUCUGUGCAUUUUUCUGUCUUGAGGGCUUUACCGACCCGGCAGCCAACAUGGUGAAGCCGCGCUUCAAGGGGAAAAACACCAUAAAUCCCUCGUCGUCCAGCAGCAACCCCGAUCGAGCUAAGGGUGCUGGAGGCAACAACAUGAGGGACCGAGCCACCAUCAAGCGUCUGAAUAUGUACAGACAGAAGCAAAGAUGUAAUAACAGAGGAAAAGUCAUCAAACCGCUGCAGUACCAGUCCACAGUGGCUCCAGGGACGGUGGCCAGAGUGGAGCCUAACAUCAAAUGGUUUGCAAACACCCGCGUGAUCAAGCAGUCGUCCCUGCAGAAGUUCCAGGAGGAGAUGGGUGCAGUACAGAAGGAUCCGUACCGCGUGGUGAUGAGACAGAGCAAGCUCCCCAUGUCUCUGUUGCAUGACCGAGUCAAGGCUCAUAACUCCAAGGUGCACAUUUUAGAUACAGAGGGAUUUGAGACCACAUUUGGACCCAAGGCUCAGAGGAAGAGGCCCAACCUCAUGGUGGGGGAUGUGAAAGACCUGGCAGAGAGGGCACAAGCCUCAGCCAUGAGCUACAGCGCUGCCAAGGACAGAGACCUGGUGACAGAGGACACAGGAGUCAGGGAGGAAGCACGUGAGGAAAUCUUCAAGAAGGGUCAGUCCAAGAGGAUCUGGGGAGAACUUUACAAGGUGGUUGACUCAUCUGACGUAAUCAUUCAAGUCCUGGAUGCCCGUGAUCCCAUGGGAACUCGCUCCCAGAGUAUCGAGACCUACCUAAAGAAGGAGAAACCAUGGAAACAUCUGAUCUUUGUUCUUAACAAGUGUGACCUCAUCCCCACUUGGGUCACGAAACGCUGGGUGGCUGUUCUGUCUAAAGAGUACCCCACCCUGGCUUUCCAUGCCAGCCUCACCAAUUCCUUUGGCAAGGGCUCCCUCAUCCAGCUGCUCAGGCAGUUUGGCAAGCUCCACACUGACAAGAAACAGAUCAGUGUGGGUUUCAUUGGCUACCCCAAUGUGGGAAAGAGCUCGGUUAUCAACACACUUCGAUCUAAGAAGGUCUGCAACGUGGCACCCCUCGCCGGUGAGACCAAGGUGUGGCAGUACAUCACUUUAAUGAGGCGCAUCUUCCUCAUUGACUGCCCUGGUGUUGUGUACCCUUCGGAGGACAGUGAAAGUGACAUUGUCCUGAAAGGAGUGGUUCAAGUGGAGAAGAUCAGGAACCCUGAAGAGCACAUUGGGGCAGUGCUGGAGCGGGCCAAGCCAGAGUACAUCCAGAAGACCUACCGUGUCCCCACCUGGAGCUCGGCUGAAGACUUCCUUGAGAAGCUGGCGUUUCGCACUGGAAAACUCCUGAAGGGAGGGGAGCCAGACCUCACCACAGUCUCCAAAAUGGUUUUGAACGAUUGGCAGAGAGGACGUAUCCCCUUCUUUGUGAAACCCCCCGGACCCGAGGGGGAUCAGGAGGACAAAGAGCAGUUGCCAGCUGAAGGACUAUCAGAGGCAGCUGAAAACGUGCAGGAGGAACAGCCAGAGAAUCAGGAAGGCGACACCAUGUCAACAGAGCAGGAGGCACAACAGGAACAGCAGCGGAGACAGAAGGAACAGGUCCAGAGGAUCCUCACCAGUGUUCGACAGAACUUUGGCAAGAUCAAUGUGGCACCUGAAUUCAGCGAGGAAGAUCUGGUUCCUGUGGAGAUGCCCAACCUGGACCUUCCUGACUUCUCUGGCUCUGAUGGUGAAGAGGAGGUCAGCGAGGGAGAGGACGAUGCAGUGGAAGAUGGGACGGACGUCGCGCCAGCUGAUGGGGACACCGAGGUUGCUGAGACAACAGCUCAGACUGGCAAGGCAAAUGGCAGUGCGAGUUCACGUGAGGUGAUCCGUGAGCUGGAUGAGAAGAUUGCUAAGUACAAGCAGUUCCUGGACCGGGCCAAAUCCAAGCGCUUCUCCGCAAUCCGGAUUCCCAAGGCACUUUCUGACAAAGUGUUCACAGACAUCAAGACUAAACAAGCAGCGGCAGCUAAGCAAGCACAACAGAAAGCUCAAAUCCAGAGGAAUAAGAAAAGGAAAGCCCAGGAAGAAGAGGAUCCCAUCCAGCCGUCCAGACUGACAUCCAAACAGAAAAGAGCGAUGGACCGUGCUAAGAAGGUGAAGAAAGUCGGUUCACGCUAUUAUGAAACACACAAUGUGAAAAACAAGAACAAGAACCGAAAGGCCCCACCGUCAUCCACAGAGGGCAACAAAGCCAAGCGAUCAAAGCACUAGAACUGGGGUUAAAACACACAGUUGGACAUUUCUAAUAAAUCCCUGUUUAAGAGAUCAUGGCUGUGGUUGAAUUGUCAUAUUGAAAGAAAAUGUGGAGCUGUUGAAGUUGACUGUUAACUUACCUUUAUCAAAUGGCCACUUGAUGCCUUGUCCUGACCUGACUGUCCCUCAGGGAGCUGAGGUAGGUUGUACCCUGCCUUUUGGACUUUGUUUUCACUUCAACUCAUAUGAAUUUUCACUACAGAGUGAAAGAGGGUGAUAUUUCAUUCAGCAAUUUCCAAUGUAAUGCUCUCUUGCAGUUCAAGAGAAAUAUAAUUUUAACUGUACUUGUGAAGCUGUUAAAACAAUAAUAAUAAAAUAUUGACUAAAUACAUC